AUGCGGCUCUUAAGUCUGUCUACCUCAGUGGCCUUGGCUACAUUUGUUUGCCAUACACUUGCUCAAACCCAUAUCCACACCAACCAAAAUCAGCAGAUCUUGUCUGGAAAGCUUGAGAAGAGUCAUGGACCACCCAACAUCGUCUUCAUCCUCACCGAUGAUCAGGAUCUUCACCUCAACUCCCUCGAAUAUCAGCCACUCCUCAAAAAGUAUCUAAGAGAGGAGGGGACGACCUUUUCCCAGCAUUAUUGUACCAUUGCCCUCUGCUGCCCUUCUCGAGUCAGCCUCUGGACUGGAAAGGCGGCCCAUAACACCAAUGUUACGGACGUGAGCUCACCCUACGGUGGCUACCCCAAAUUCAUCAGCCAAGGGCUCAAUGAGAACUGGCUUCCGGUGUGGCUUCAGGACGCUGGAUACAACACGUACUACACAGGAAAGCUGUUCAACGAGCACACCGUUGACAAUUACCACAGCCCCUACCCCAAGGGCUUCACGGGCUCGGACUUUCUCUUGGAUCCUUUCACAUAUCAGUAUCUCAAUAGUAGCUUCCAGCGGAACCGUGAUCCCCCGGUUAAAUACGAAGGGCGGUACUCUCCAGAUGUCAUAGCAGAGAAGGCUUAUGGAUUUCUUGACGAGGCUGCUCAGCACCAGAAGCCGUUCUUCUUGGGCAUUGCUCCGCCGACUUGCCACAGUAAUGUUUAUUUUGAGGGUCUGGGUAAAGAGACGCUUGCCUUCUCUCCGCCAAUCGCGGCUGAGAGACAUCAAGGCCUGUUCGCUGAUGCGAAAGUGCCAAGAACCUACAACUUUAACCCGGACACCCCGUCAGGUGUGAGUUGGAUUAAGGAGUUACCAAAGCAGAGCGAAGAGAACGUCGACUUCAACGACCACUUCUAUCGACAGAGACUUAGAGCGCUACAGUCGACUGAUGAGAUGGUUGAAGGUCUUGUGCAGCGACUAGAGGCAAAUGGCCAACUUGACAACACGUACAUCGUAUACACAACCGACAAUGGGUACCAUAUCGGGCAGCACCGCCUGCAGCCGGGAAAAACAUGUGGAUAUGAAGAAGACAUCAACAUUCCUCUUAUCAUCAGAGGCCCCGGUGUCCCCAAGAAUCAGACUACGAAUAUCACCACCACUCACACCGACAUGGCGCCCACCAUCUUUGAGAUGAUUGGUCUUCCUCCACGGCAUGAUUUUGAUGGUGUGUCCAUCCCUUUGACUGCUGAGGGUAUGGAGAAAGCUAAAUACACCCGACACGAACACGUGAAUAUCGAAUAUUGGGGCUUCAAUAUGGGCGAAGAGAGAUUUAUCUGGAACAACACGUACAAGGCUAUCCGAGUCAUUGGCGACAAGUACAAUCUCUAUUAUUCUGUGUACUGUAACAAUGAGCAUGAGCUGUACGAUCUCAAGGUAAUAAUAGUUCCUAUGCAUAUUUCCGCUCCUCCCUUCAACCAAUUCCAUAUCCGGCUAACCCAUCUCCGUCAAACUGUACAGACCGACCCCGGUCAGAUGAAUAACCUUUUGGGGGCGUUGGACCCAGCCAAAAGCCCUGCCCAAGCUCCAGCCCUCCUCGGUCUACCUUUAACCAAGGUGUUAGCAAGACUUGAUACGCUCCUCCUUGUACUCAAGUCUUGUAAAGGAGGAGUGUGCGUCCAGCCUUGGAAAGAGUUACAUGCUGAUGGAAGCAUCAAAUCGCUCCUCGAUGCGCUUGACCCCGAGUUUGACGAUUUCUAUGAGGAACAGAGCAAGGUUUCCUUUGGUCGCUGCGAAGAAGGGUAUAUUCUCGAUGCAGAGGGCCCUCAGUUUGAAUGA